AUGUUCAGAGGUAUAAGAAUAGGAAGGGUACUGUCUUCAGUGUCACUUGGUCAUGUGAAGGACUUGAGAAUACGACGAAGUUUCCAUUCAAAGAUAGUUGCAGAAGACUACACUCAAUUCAAAUCAUUAAUCACGAAAAUAAGUAGUACUAGUAUUUCAAAUAUUAAUAAAGAUGAAUUCGACAUUCUCCAAGAUCCUGAUACAAGAGACAGCUUCUUGGAGUAUUUAGUUGAUAAGAAUUGGCAUAAAGUUCUUUGGAAAUACUGUGAUCUAAUAAAGCAUUGGAAAUUACCAGUGACGACUAAAACAUACAUUUUAUUAUUGCAAGCUGCUUCAUCAGACCACAAUGUAAAUAUCAACUCAUGCAUAUCUAUCUACCUAGAAGCUGUAAAUCAUUAUCAACUAGAGAAAUCAAGUUUAGUUGAUCCUUUAACUGAUUCAGAAAAGCUUGCAUUAUCAAAAUACCUCCUCCAGAUAUUUUCCAACUGUAAUGAUUUUACCAAACUUUACAGCCUAAACACAAUUUGGAACACUUACGUAAAAGAAAUGAGAAAUAAUAAAGAGAUAAGACUACUUUAUCGUGCAGCAUACCUUGGGAUAUUGAUAAAUAGUGGUCAAAUCGAAUUGGCGUUGGAUUAUUUCGGAAAACUCCUUGAAGAUGAUUCUAUCAAUCAAAACGAUCUAACUAGUUUAAGUAAGAUCAUGUUACCCACAUUAUUACAAGACAACAACAUAAUCGGUUUAAUAAAUCUAUUGCAACUGUUGAUUGAUAAGAAUAUAAUUAUAGAAGAUGGUGAUUGGAUGAAGUUCUUGGAAUUAGGUUUAUCCAACAAUAACUAUGAGUUGGUUAUUUUAGUGUACAGAAACUUUGUGAUGAGAGGAUUUAAAGAUUCAAAGAUAUCCAUUGAAGAAGCAGUUCUUCAUGAUUUAACUUUGAGCAAUAGUGGAUUUACUAUGAUCAAUGAUGAAUUGAUUCAUAGAAUGCUCCAUACAUUAAGUUCUACUGGUGAUGUGAAUCUGACUUUAAGUUUAAUAGAGUCACAUUAUCUACAUAAGUUGGCAAAGGGUGAGAAGGCUUUAAAUAAAGAGUUGUGCAUAAAUAUUAUAGAAUCAUAUUGUAACCAUGAUGAUUUACUGCAUGAUUGGGAUAAACAAGAAGAGUUGUCGAGCAAGGAUGAAAAAGACCAGAGUAUAAAAAGAGUCUUGAGUAUCCUAAAUGGAUUCAUUUUGAAAUUGAAUAAGGACAGGGAUUCAGAAAGAGUCAUGUAUAAGGACAUAUCAUCUCCUCUAUCAACCAGGUUCUGGAAAUAUUAUGAUUAUGAUAAGAACGUGAAGAAAACAUUAGUUAAAAGGUCAAAUAUAGCCAAAAAGAUUCAUGAAGACGAAGAACAAAUUGAUAAACUUCCUAGAAAAAUUGCUAAUUCAAAUAUUGAAAGUUCAAAAUUUGGUAAUAUUCUUUCCAACUUGCAUAUAUUAAACGAUUUUGUUCAUAUUCAUAUUGCCUAUCUUCAGUCAGAUCCGAAGUUUCAAAGGGAAACAAUAACUUUAUUCAUCAAUUGUUUGUUGGAGCAUUUGAACUUGUAUCAAAACUUCAGUGCUCAAGUGAGAGUAUUACAAACUUUGAAUCACAUAGACUCAGAAUUUAUCAAGAAGUGGCUUGAUGCAGACCUGUUUGAUAUAAUGUUAAAUUCAUUAUCGAAUUCCUCUGCAGCAAAAAAGUGUUCUAUAGUUAUUUUCCAAUAUUUCAAAGAAAACAACUUGCCGUUAACUCGUAUUCAUUACAAAAAUCUAAUAUCAGCCAAUUUAAGAGGAGAUAUACAUGAUAGUUUGCAAUUCUUUAUUUAUCAAUAUUUGAAAGACUACGGAAGUCCCUUGGAUUCUGAGAUACUGGAAUUAUUAGCUGAAUUAUCUCAAGAUGAGCUCAAAUCAGAUGAAUUGCUGCGAAAAUUAUUUUCAUUUCUUAAGACAGAUCUGAAUGCAGACCAAAUCGAUGCCUUCUGGGUAGAGAAUAAGCUUUGCAUGGAUUCUUCUCAAAUAGGUACUGAAGAGACUUUGAUAUUCGUGAUUCAAAACAAUUAA